AUGGGCAAACGAAAGAAGGCAGCAAAGAAACCCCAGGGGAAAAAGAUGAACGAACCCCUACCCACCACAUUCCCUUGUCUAUUCUGCAAUCACGAAAAGUCAGUUUCUGUCAAACUGGAUAAGAAAGCUGGUGUUGGCCAGCUGUCCUGCAAAGUCUGCAGUCAGCAGUUCCAAUGCUCUGUCAAUUAUCUUUCAGCCGCUGUUGACGUUUACUCGGAUUGGGUUGAUGCUUGCGAUGCAGUUGCUAAAGAGGGCGGCGAAGAAUAUGGCGGCGAUCUAGCACCCGCGCGCGCUCCUGCUGCUGGGAGACUCAGUCAAGGCAGACCCAAGGAUGAGGAGGAGGACGAUAACGACGAUGAUAUUCUGGACGAUGAGGAUGGGCUCGGGGGCGGAUACCGUGGGAAUGGCAUAGUUGCAGACGAUGAGGAGUAUUAG